GUGUGGACUCUGGUUCAGGCCUGAAUGUGAAAAUGAAGAAGAUCUGGAUCCCCACAGAUUGUUAAGAAGAUGACAUCAUGGAUUUCAUGCCUUUCCUUGUGGUCCCACUGUGGACUUCAAUUCUUCACUUGGAUUUUGUUAAAGGAUCAUUUGUAGUGGAUGUGACACAGAGCUCCUAUCAGGCAGAGGAGAACCACAACAUCACACUGGAGUGGACGUUCACCACCAAACCAGACACGUCCAUCUCAGCACUGAAGGUCUUCUGUAUCCUGAAUAAUGGCCAUAAAUACUGGACUUUUUAUCAUCUUUUUGAUGGUGUCGAGUUCUCAGAGGAUCAGGACAAAAAGUUUUCAGGACGAGUCCAGAGUGACAAAGACGCCCUCAGAGAAGGACGAAUCAGACUCCAGCUGUCCAGACUCAGGACUGAGGACUCGGGUCUGUACCUGUGUGAGGUGGACACAGGUUAUGGUCGCGGCUACAACAGCUGCAGACUCACCGUCUCUGGUGAGGUUCUGGUGAUUGGGUCAAAUCUUCCAAUCAUCGCUGCUCCGGGUGAUGAUGUCAUCCUGCCGUGUCACCUGGAGCCCAUGUUCGAUGUCCAGGGUAUGACGGUGGAGUGGUCCAAACCCGACCUGAAGCCCAACCCGUCGGACCGUCUGAGCCGAGUGGAGUAUGUUCACCUGUACAGGGACAGGCAGGAGGUUCCCGACAUGAAGAUGGCCUCGUACUUCAGGAGGACGGAGCUGUUCAUGGACGACAUGAAACACGGGAACAUUUCACUGAAGAUCCUGAACGUGUCGGAGGAAGACAACGGCAGAUACAGAUGUUUCAUCCCCAAGCUGCGGAGCAGAUUGAAAGCUGCUGUUGUUGAACUUGUAGUCGAUCCAAAUUUUGCUAAAACCUCCACGACGGAGACGCCAUUGCACUUCCAAACUCCAGAUCCUCAGGACGCGACUCCAGCAAACGCAGGUCGAUCCAGGGUCUCUGUGGUCGCCGUUGUCAUCACCUUCAUGUCGGUUCUGGUUGUCGUCGCUUUUUCUGCGUGUUUCUCUCGCUGCCUUCAUCAGAAAUUAAAUAAGCUUUCAGAAGGCAAAACGACCCAAAGCCAAGUAUAACUAUUCCAGGUGCCUUGCGAACGUUGGUGUUAAUGGAGCCGAGACCAUUUGAGAUUUAUCUUUCCUGGAUCUUCACAGUCAAGUGGAAAAUUUAAACCAGCAGCCACUGGCAGACACUCGGGCCAAGCAGCACUGAGGUCAUCAUAAAGGCAGUGGAUUUUAUUUAUCGAGCUCAUUUUCAAAGAAAAAGAACAUUUAAAGAUUUAAGGACUUUCUAGUCCCUUUAAUGCAAGACUGAAGAAAACCUCCUUUGCUCAAGAUGUAGAAGGAUGAAGAUCAUAUUUAUUUUUAUGGAUUUGUAUUAACUUGAAGACUUAAAAUUCUAACUUAUUAAAGUUUUACACCUUACUAGUUAAGGACAAAGUAAUUCUUCCUAAAAGCUACUAGUGAUGGACAAAUUAAAAGAGGAAGUCCUCCCUGAAAUCGAUUUGCUGCUUUAUUUAGAAAGUUUUAUUGGACAUUUCCAGCUCAGUGUGUUGGAAAAAGAUUUUUCUAUCAGUGUGGAUCUUGGAGAUGCAGAAGAUUGUAAAAACAUCAACAGGAUUUGAUGUAACCAUAAAGUUUGGAAACCACAUUCAGGACUUUUUGUUUCUUCAUGUUUACCAAAUCAGUUUAAUGCAAGUCUGAAUCAAAACAGGUCGGUUAUCGUGACACUGAUGUGGAGAAAGUGUUUACUU